AUGUCUCUUCUGAAACAAAGAGGCAGAGAGCUCGAGCGUUUCGAUGGACUCUCGCUCAUCUACUGGACACUCAUGGGUCCGUAUGGAGUGGACCGUGCCGUGCACGCUCUGGAGUUCAACGAAUGUGAGAACGGCCUGGGAAUAAAGGUUAUAGGAGGGGUGAAGGAGACCACUGGAGAAGAGUUUGGUGUCUAUGUCAAACGGAUUUUGCCUGGUGGCAUCGCUUCAAGUGAUGGAAGCCUCCAGGCAGGGGACCAGAUCUUGGAGGUUAACGGGGACAGCCUGGUAGGAGUCACAAGUGAGAGAGCUGUGGAUGUCUUGAGGGGAGCUUCUGCAACGAAUCACAUGCGACUUCUGAUUGCCAGAGAUGAAGAGGCCAAGAGAGAAUUUGCUGAGCUACUUGAAAAGUAUGGAUCCAACAGCAGCACCGGAUCAACACGAAACUCUCCCAUUCAAGUGCAAGGGACCCGACCGCUGGAGAGCACGUCGUCGGGCUCCUCGUCCCGGUCCCAGAGCCCGCUGCUCCUGAGCCCCGCAGGGUCCCAGAACGCGUACACCAGCAGCGGGGCGCUGAUGCGCUCCCUCAGCCACCCGGGGGAGGGGGUCAUCCAGCUGAUCACCCUGGCACACGCCAGCAGCCUUGGGAUCACGCUGGGAGGGGGGUCCAACCGCCCCGACGGGCCUGCAGUCUUCAUCCAGGAGGUGCUGUCGGGGGGAGACUGCCAUCGGGACGGGCGUUUGAGGCCUGGGGACCAACUCAUCGCCAUCAACAAGGAGUCGUUGAUAGGCGUCACACACGAGGAGGCCAGAAGCAUGUUGAAGAAGGUCAAGCUCAGCCAGGACAGCGUGGUGGAGAUAGCCUUUAUCCCGGGUAAGGGCUCCUUCCCCAGCAGCUCCACCCUUCACAACGGGGCCCAGCGAGCAGCGGGCAGCAGCUCAGGGUCCGCACGCUACAGACCCCCCUACCGAUCCCCUGAGAGUCAUCCAGAGGAAACAGCAACCGUCUCUUCUUCCCCUGACAUCUUCCCACCAGAUAUUAACAUUUCAGCCUCCGCUGCCAGUCAGAGCAGCACCCCGGGGCCCAAGCCCAAGAUCACCCUGGAUCCUCACAUACGGCUUCAGUUUGACAAGCUGGACCUGGCUUUGUUCUUCCUUGGUCUGGAAGUCACAGAGGACAAGAGGAGGCAGUUAAGACAGAGUCUGACCACGGACACCCAGGGAACGGUGUCGUAUGGAGAUUUUGUGGAGGCUACCCGGGAGAUCUUCCAGGAUCAUUUGGAGGAGGCGGGUCUUGCACAGGGUCCCUUUAUGUUCUCCUACCAUGAAGCAGCAAGUUUGAUGGACACUUCAGCCUUCCACUCGCCUACGUACGAGUCCGAGUGCAGCUACAGCAGCGAGGACAUGGAGCAGUUCCAGAUGGAACUCAAGCAGCUGCAGAGCCAGAUGAGGCAGCUCAAGGGGAUGCUGAAGGACACAGAGGACAGUAAAAAGAGCCUUGAGGAGGAGCUACAGAAAACAGCCCAGAAGGCCAGUCUGACCGUGGAGGAGAACGCCCGUCUGAGGGACCGUCUGCAGGUGGCGGCGGACGGGCCGCUGCCCCCGCCCAGCAGCGCCGAGCAGGACUACGAGGAGGUGAUCGGGCUGCUGGAGGCCGAGAUCAGGGACCUGAAGAACCAGCUGACCGACAAGAGGCCGCCUCCACGGCCCCUGGACCCGGGAGCCCCCCAGGACGUUGGUGAUGUGAACCGCCGGCUGAGGGCUGUGGACUGGCAGCUCAGACGCUCUGAGUCCACCCGGAGGCAGCUGGAGACCUCCCACAACAAGCUGCUGGGGUUCGCCCAGAACGUCCACAGAGUGCUGUCGGCUCCUUCCCCGGGCGGCGGAGAACAUGGGGCCAGCGAGCCGUCCCCGGUGACGACCAGCCCCGGCACCCCCUCCCCGCGGCCUGACCCGGCCCUCCAGCUGGCCAUGGAGGCCAAGAGGCUGCUGGAGAGAGUCUGUGUACUCAACACCGGCGACGCGGGUACGACUGCCGCGAAAUGAAACGGACACGCACGCAU